AGCCACAAAUCAGCCAGGUGAGGUGAGAGACGAAGCGGUUAAUUUAAUUCCCCGUCCCACACGGUAGCUUGGUGAACAAGUGUAACAACAACGAUACCCCCUUUCAACCUUCAUCUUCAUCUUCAACCUUCAACAAUCUUCAAUCUUCAUGUGAAUCAGUCACCAAAAUGCCAAAAAUGAAGCACCUCCUCCGUCGCCUCCACAUCGGCGGCGCUUUCAGCGACCACAACAACCGCUUAUCCGCCACCGACACGCCACCGCAACCUCCCUCACCGCUACCUGCAAUCGGAGACGUUGAUUUAUCAUCUGUUGAGAAUAUUAACAACAAUUCGACUUCAGUUUCCUCCGAUGUGGAUUUCAAUUUCUUCGAGGAGGAGUUUCAGAUGCAGCUUGCUCUUGCGAUUAGUGUUUCGUCUGGAUCGGCGGAGGCGCGUGAACCUGACGCGGAAACGGCGCAGAUUAAGGCGGCGAAGCAGCGGAGUUUGGGAUGUUCUCCGUCGGAAUCGCUUGUGGAGUUUUUAUCGCUUCGGUAUUGGAGUAAUAAUGUUGUGAACUACGAUGAGAAAGUGAUGGAUGGGUUUUAUGAUGUGUACGGGAUUGCUUCGAAUGCGGUGACACAAGGGAAAAUGCCGUCAUUGAUUGAUCUUCAAGCGAGAACUGUUCAUGACGAUGUUGAUCAUGAGGUUAUUUUGGUGGACAGAAGGAUUGAUAAAGAGCUACAGAUUCUUGAGGAGAGAGUUUCGAAUAUUUCAUUAGAAUGCAAGGCUUCGGGGAUGAGCCAGAUUGUUAGUAGGUUGGUUCAGAGAGUUGCUAAUAUUGUUGUUGGACAUAUGGGUGGUCCUGUUAGUGAUGCUGAUGAAAUGUUGAGAAGGUGGACUGCUAGAAGUUAUGAAUUGAGGAACAGUUUGAAAACCAUUGUGCUUCCUCUUGGUUCUAUUGACUGUGGACUUUCCCGUCACAGGGCCUUACUCUUCAAGGUACUAGCUGAUAAGAUCAACCUUGCAUGUAGUCUGGUCAAAGGGAGCUACUAUACUGGCACUGAUGACGGGGCUGUGAACUUCAUUAAGCUUGAUAACGGGAGCGAAUACAUUAUUGAUCUAAUGGGUGCUCCAGGAACCCUAAUUCCUGUUGAGGUGCCAUGUUGUAAUUUUCAAAGUAUUGAAGCAGGAGGUGCUAAUUUUGGGUAUACAGUGCCACUGCUUGAUAUAAGCAGCGAUCCCUUGAUAGUUACAGCUGAGCUCGAUAGUUUGACCAAAGUUGACUCUUCAGAUUUAGCAGUAGCUUCUAUUAUAAGCUCACAGCUGAGCAGUAAAGGUGGAACUGCUGUGGAGAGAAAACAAACCGAGAGGUUUGAGAACGAUUUUGGCAAACUGCUUCCGGCUCUCGUUAGGCCACACGAAGGCCUGCCAGGUGGCGGUAACGGUGGAAGAACAAGAACAAGAACAAGAACAUCAUCUGCACAGAAGUCGCAGCUUAAUGACGUAUCGCAAUGCGUCAUAAACGCUGCAAAACAUCCAGAUUUUGCUCAAAAACUUCAUGCGGUGUUAUCUUCUGAUUCACUUAUAAAUGUAAAUAACAAGGAAGUGGGAGAAACAGAAGGGCGUGAGAUAGUUCACUUAUUAGAUGCUGACAUGUUGACUUUUGGUGGUCAAGAUGGCUCAUCCUUUGGCGUGUCUAGCAACGAGCAGAAUCUUAUAUCGUUUACCGAAGCCGAAAUUAGCAACGUUAAUGACAAUUCUCAGCUUGUAGUUAGUGGACCGUUGAUAAACGAGGCAAGAGCAGAUAAUAUUAAAAAAAGCAAAAAUUUAGAUCCAUCUGGUAGCAAUAACAGGGAAGGAAUUAGCCUCGAUGAGGUUGAGUGGGAAAUCCCAUGGGAAGAUCUUCAGAUUGGAGCACGCAUUGGUAUUGGUUCUUAUGGUGAGGUUUAUCGUUCAGAAUGGAAUGGAACCGAGGUUGCGGUGAAGAAGUUCAUGAACCAAGAUAUUUCAGGGGAUGCACUGACCCAAUUUAAAGGUGAAGUGGAGAUCAUGUUGAGAUUGAGACAUCCUAAUGUUGUUCUUUUCAUGGGAGCUGUUACUCGUCCUCCAAAUCUUUCCAUACUCACCGAAUUUCUACCUAGGGGUAGUUUAUUUAAGUUGUUGCAUCGCUCUAAUGUUCAGCUUGAUGAAAGGAGGCGGAUGCGUAUGGCUCUUGACGUGGCCAAAGGAAUGAACUAUCUGCACACUAGCAAUCCGAUUAUUGUGCACCGGGAUUUGAAGACACCAAAUCUUCUCGUUGAUAAAAAUUGGGUUGUUAAGGUAUGUGAUUUUGGGAUGUCAAGAAUGAAACACCAUACCUUUCUGUCUUCAAAAUCAACAGCUGGAACUCCUGAAUGGAUGGCACCGGAAGUGUUGAGGAACGAACCAUCCAAUGAGAAGUGCGAUGUAUAUAGCUUUGGUGUAAUUCUAUGGGAGUUAGCAACUCUGCGCAUACCUUGGACGGAGAUGAACUCAAUGCAGGUUGUUGGUGCUGUUGGUUUUCAGUUCAGACAUCUCGACAUUCCAGAACACGUUGAUCCUGCGGCUGCACAAAUAAUUCUUGAUUGUUGGCGUCUGGAACCACAAUCCCGACCAUCAUUCAAAGAGAUCAUUUCCCGGCUAAGAAGCCUCAGGCAUCUAUCAACGGACAGAACAAAAAACCAAACAAGUUAAUAACACUAUUCUUGUAUGUCUAUACAUUGGGGGCUCAAAAGGAGAGCAAAGAUUGUUGUAGAUUGAAAAAAAAAUGAAAAGGAAAAAAUGAAAGAAAAAGAAAAAAAAAAAAAAAGAGGCAAAAGGUGUGGUUUGGGAAGUGUAGGUUUGGUUUAAUCGAAACGACCAAGCACACAGCCAAACCACAACCUCGACUCCAUUGUUGUGGCAAGUGCAGUUACAAAGGGGGGCAAAAGUGUCGUUUCCUAGUUCUUUGUUCUUGUGAAGCACAUACGAUAACGUUAUUUAUUUGCGAUUGAAAUGUUCUAGGGUUAACUGAGGAAUCUAUGAAUACAAAUUGUCACAUUUUCAUGCUCAAAUGAAUCA